GCUUUCAGUAGAAGAAGAGAGACAUUUUUUUUUCCCCGGGUUCCCAAAAUAUUAGCUGCAUGUUGUUGAUAAUCUACAAAGUGACAAUAAGAUGAUUUCUGGUUUACCAGGAAACUCCACAACUUAACUUGUGUUGGAUAUCUGAAGGAUACGUUAAACGCUGCCUAACACGGAGGAUGAAGGUAAAGAUCCGACAGUGGAACGGAGUGGCCUCUUGGUUGUGGGUGGCCAAUGAUGAAAACUGUGGGAUCUGCAGGAUGCCCUUCAAUGGUUGCUGCCCAGACUGUAAAGUGCCUGGGGAUGACUGCCCGCUGGUCUGGGGUCAGUGCUCCCACUGUUUCCACAUGCACUGCAUCUUGAAAUGGCUGAAUUCGCAGCAGGUCCAGCAGCAGUGCCCCAUGUGCAGACAGGAGUGGAAGUUCAAAGAAUGAACCUGUGGAGGCAGGGCUCCUGCAGAGACCCUCACAAAGGCCUGUUCAUGGACUUUAUGUCAGAUGUAAAUAAUGUGUUUUUGUCUUUCUCCUUCUGAUGUAAUGCUAAGGACAUUUGGAACCUGUUGUAUGAUGUUGACAGAUUUAGUAUGUGAUUAAAUUGAAAAACAACAAAAAA